AACUACCAGCAGCCGGUGUAGCGAGCUUUUAGGGGCUAGAUUGAAUUUACUACGUACUCUCACAAGGGCAGAUACCGUCUAGGAGCAGUGGCUUGCCUUACCUAUAUGAAGACGCUUCAUCCUACACCAUCUUGAUCUCUAGAUACCGGAAGUUCUUCAUUGAUCCUCAGAAUCUGCACGUCUUUCUCCGUACUCAUCUUUAUCCGUCGUUCUCUCUUAUUUUAUAAUACCAUGGCUCUAGUUUCGGGACUCAUCCUGAAUGCCUUUGGCGGGGGAAAGGACAUUGGCACCAUUGUCAGCAACUUCGAUUGGAGCAAGUGCAGUGUUCGAGAUUCGCACAGAAAUGAGUACCUUCAAACGAACCUUGCUCCAGCUUACGGCGAGCUUACCGAUGAGUCAAUCAAGGAUUUGGACAACAGUCUUAAAAUCAUGAUCGCUGGCACCUUGAUCAGCAUUGGAAAGCUCACCGACAAGAGCUGGAAGUCCGUCUUGAGUACUAUGAUGCAGCAUCCGCUUCUCGUGCCCGACAGCGACGAGGUUGCCCGGGCCGAUAAGCUGAUCAAAGAAAGCUCGAGCGCCUUCAAAUUCGACGGUAGCCCAGAUGCGCAGAUUGUCCGUGAGGUCAAGUCGUGGUUUACAACCCUCGUCGGGGACUCCGAUGUGCUCCAGCAAACCAGGAUUGACAUCGGUAUUCUUGCCAAGAUCGUUGCUUCAAGUGGUGCCGCGGUUGAAUCCUUUGAGACUUUCUGGGCCAAGCGUGAGAAGCACGAGCAGACUCUAGUGGAGAUUGGUGUUCUCCGGUUUCCCGACAGAACCCACCCUUACUUCAAGCUUUACCGUAUUAAGCUCACAGCUUGGUCCGACUCUUCCCGCAUCCUCUUCCACCAGCAGGACAAAAACGGUAUCACUGGAGAAUUCAACAGCAGGAAAUUCCGUCCUCGCGAAGACGUCAUUCGGGAUCUGGCCCCGGCAAUUCACGAUAAUGCGGUUAAGACAGCCGAGAGCUUGUUUAGCGUUUGACGUACCUUGUUUGACGAUUUACCAGAGCUGACCAACGCAACUCGCGAGAAGGCAGCUCGCGAGAAGGCGAUUAGGAUUGCCGAGAGCAUGUUCGACAUGGUACGCAUCUGAUCUGACCAACGCAACUCGCGAGAAAGCGAUAGGAGCAUCCAGAGCUUGUUUGACUCUGGCUGAGAUUUGCUCUAAGACUCGCACUCCUUCAAUGUUUUGCGUGUCUUCUUAUAAAGUCUUGAGCUCGACACUCUAUUAUUUUCUGGCCUGAUGGUAUGUUUUUACAAUCUCAGCAUGAUGGUAUUCUAAUUUCUCUAGUAAUAGAAAGUGUAUUGAAAAUAACAAAUAGUGGUCUUGAGAAGAAAAAGAACUACUCCAUUUACAAACAAAUGUGCAUGAAUCUUCAUAUGCCAUGAUGUUAAAGUUUUAAAAUCAGAAUAUAAAAAUAAAUAAAAUAUACAUACAAUAAAUAUUAUAUA